UCCCCUGGUAGUUAUGCAACUGGCUCGACCCGCUCGUCUCUGAUCACGUGAUCGAAAGGAGCGUUUGCAAUGGAGUUCAAGACCCGAACAAGGUUCAAAGUUAAAAACUCGUCUUUUGGCUUUUAAAACAUUCUUUAUCGCCGCUGUUCAAGGAAAACCCUUCAGUGGUUUAAGUCUCAUCAAUUCUCCCCUCUUACGAAGUAAACAUUGCGAGCUGGCGAGGAUUUUUGAAGGACCGAAAAAAAUGAUGAGCACCGACGAGACCACAAAAGAGGAGGAUCCGAGGGAGGAAGAGGUUGAGGGGGGCGACAGUGAUUCGGCCGAGGAGGCCGCGGCCGGUCCGGCGAAGGACGAGCCUGCUGAAGAGGAACCGUCCGGACAGGAUGACUCCGAGUGGAGCCAACAACAGAGAGAGGAUGUUCAGAAGGAAGUCUUGAAAAUAAAGGAUGAAGCAAACUGCCAGUUCAAAGAGGGUCUGUGGCAAAAUGCGGCCGACGGCUACGGCCGAGGUCUUCAGCUGUGCCCUCGCUCGAUGGCCAAGGACCUGGCCAUCCUGCACGCCAACCGAGCAGCCGCCCUGAUCAAGCUGGCCCUGGUCGACGAGGCCAUCAAGGACUGUGACAAGGCUCUAGACCUUGACCCUCAAUACCUGAGGGCGCUGGCAAGACGGGCUGGUGCCUACGAAAUCAAGGAGAAACUUGACGAAGCUUUUGAAGACUGGAAGAAAGUGCUGGAAAUCGAUCCAGACCACCGAGAGGCCAGAGCGGCGGUUGUGAGACUGCCAGGAGAAAUUAACGAGAGGAAUGAAAAAAUGAAAGCUGAGAUGAUGGACAAAUUAAAGAGUUUGGGCAACAUGAUUCUUCGUCCGUUCAAUCUUUCCACGGACAACUUCAAGAUGACCCCGAACGAAGCUGGCGGAUACUCGGUGCAGUUCCAGCAGUGACUUUUCUUUCCACACUAUCAACUUAACAAUGCUUACAUUUAAACAAACAAUUUUUGUCCACCAAAGUUAUUUCUUAAGGUGGAUUGUGAUUUUUCUUCUUUAUGCCGUCGCCCACGGCAGACCCAUUGGGGUGGGGUUUUGCAAGUAGGACAUGACCACAGACGAGAUGGACAACAUGAAACUUGACAGGAUCUGCUUCGUGUCGUCGUUAACCUUCGAGUUGGCGAAGCUAAUGCACGAGCAGUACAGGGCCACCCAGGCGCACCACUUGAGCUGAUAAAUAUUAAAAAAAAAAAAAAAACGGGAAAUUAGUUUUAAUUUGAAUAUUGUUGGCAGUCAAUAAAAUAUAAGUUUGACU